AUGCUACCUCCGUGCCUUACAGAGCGUACUGGAGAAACUGAAAGGUUCAUUGCAGAUUACGACGUAUGUCUCCCAUUGUUAGUACUGUAUACGAAACAAUUUGCUCAUGCUUAUUUAUAAUCAGACAUUUCUCCUAGAUUGCGACGGUAUUGAAUUACGCACAAGUAGUCAAAUUCCACAUGCGACUAACGAAAGAUUUAGGGGUAAUCUGGUCCGGAAAUGAAGCUAUCCUAGGGGUGGCAAAAACAAUUCAAUCGUUGGAAAACGCUGGUAUGUCCAAGUAACCGAACAUGGUGCAUCUUAGUUAACAACACCAAACAAGGAAAGAGAAUGAUUUUCGUGACCAACAAUUCCACAGAAUCCCGUAGCCACCAACUUGCUCAACUACAAAAAUUCGGAAUUUCUUGCAGUAUAGAGCAGAUCUUCACUUCGGGAUACUGCACCGCAAUCUAUCUCUCUCAAAUUCUCAACCAGCGAUCUCAAACACAAAAAAGCGUUUUUGUGAUCGGAAAUCCGGCAAUCGUCUCUGAGCUUUCAGAGGCAGGUCUUUCAGUGAUCGAUCCUAGCACCGAUGCAUAUUUCUCAGAAGAAGUAGUCCUGGGUCACUUCGAAAAGAUCGCUACCGGAACACCGCUGCAUUCAGAUGUUGGUGCAGUGGUGGUUGGCAUGGACUUGAAGUUUAACUACCUCAAGCUUUGCCACGCAAUGCACUAUAUCCGCAACGGCGCUCUCUUCAUAGCAACCAAUACUGAUUCUACAUUCCCAAUUUUCGACACCGUCUUUCCUGCCGCGGGGUUCAUCAGUGCGGCUUUAUCACAUACGCUUGAUGUGAAGCCACGUGUAAUGGGAAAACCGAGUCAACUGAUGAUGGAGGUUGUGAAGAAGCGAUAUGAUUUGAACUUGCGGCGCACUUGUAUGGUGGGCGACAGGCUAGAUACGGAUAUCAGAUUUGGAGUUGAAGGUGGUUUGGGAGGCACGCUACUCGUGUUAACAGGGGUGUGUGGAGAGGAUGACUUGAAGAAGGCAGAAAAGAAUGCUGAAGAGGGAACGUUGUUGCCUACAGCUUUUGCGAGAAGCUUCUCAGUGCUAGACACUGAGGAUGAAGUGUCGGGCUUAGAGUAA